AUGUCCUCCACUCCUUCCCCCACCAAGAGAUCUGCUCUUUCACCAAAAGUAUUCAAUGUGAACCAACUAUCACCACAAAGGAAGAACCUUGGGUUAAGUCGGAGACACACGAAUAAGUCACCUAUAAGGUCCAGCACCGAGGUUCGUACUCCUUCCCCCAAAAAGCCAAAACCAGCUACUACACUUGGAUUUACCAUAUGGGAGGACAAUGUGGAUACCAGGUCGCAUGAAAUCGUCGGUACACCCACUUCCAAUGAGUUGAAUCACAAUGACCAAGAAAACAUCCUUCAGCCGAAACUGACGUACAGUAGAAGAGUCCAUGGGUCUCCCUUGAGAGACUUGAGCAUCAAUUCCUUCAAAGGAUACAUCACCAGUAACGGAGUAACAACACAACUAGAGGAGCUCUACCAACCUAUCAAUUUUGAAAACGAAUUCAAGUCGGCCCAUAGGUUCAAUGGCUUACCACCAUUUGUGACACCUACAAAGAAGGAUAAAUACUUGGUCAAAUCGGGCCAAUGUGCGGACGGUAGUGUUGGAAAACAUUCGAGAUCAUUCUCUGCCGGAAUAAAUGAAGCCAAACGGGACUUGGUUCAAAAACCCAGGUUUGCUAUACUGUCCUAG